UGAGAAAGAGAAAUAUUAUUGUCCCGUAAUAAAACCCAAUAUAAGUUUUUCCAGUUUUCCCCACACGACUGACAGACAUAAGUGCGUGCAUAUCUCGUUGCCUUCUUUAAAUAAAUGCGGUGUCUGUCAGAGUAAAAAAAAUCUCUAUAUAUAUUUAACGCAUGAGAGUAUUCGAUUCUGAAACGCCAAAUCAUUUUAGUAUACGACAAUAAUACGACAUCACACAACAUGGCUGAACGGAGAAAAAAUAAAAAGCGUAAAGAAAACCGACUGGGAACACCAGAGAUAGAUAAACCAUCAAAAGAAGCGUAUGCUGUCGCUAAAUGGAUCCGGGAAAAUGUACCAUCAAAGAAGACUAAGUUCAUGAGCCACAAUGUUGAAUAUUUUACGGGAUCGCGGGCCGUGGGUGCUCUGUUGGAGAAUUCGCCGUGGAAAGAAACGUUAUUUGAGACUAGGGAGCAAGUAGUUGAAUAUUUGGACUAUAUGUUAGCACACAAAUUUUUCCAUCGAGCCAAGAAAAUCGUCGUUACUGAAGAAGAACUGAUAAAGUUGCGCGGAAUGAAGAAAAAGGGUAAAGACUGCUGUCAUAAAGAAGAUAAAAAAAUUACAGAGGAGAAAAAAGACAAAGAAAAGGAAAAGGAGCGUGAAAAAGAUAAAGAGAGCACUGAAAAUGAGGCUAAAGAAAAAGAAGAUGAUAAUAAAGAUAAAGAGCCGAAAAAAAAACCUAAAGUUCGUUUAGAAAUGCACAUGGAGCAGUAUUUUUCUGAUUGCAAUGAUGCUUAUGUAUGGAUUUAUGAACCUAUACCCGUUUACUACUGGUUCUUCGGUGCUCUCGUAGUACUUGGAGCUAUUGGUGUUUGCUUGUUUCCACUAUGGCCCCUGACUAUUCGUCAUGGUGUUUAUUAUCUUAGUGUGGCUGCUGCCGGUUUUUUUGUAUUUAUUUUAGCUUUAGCUCUUAUUAGAGUCGUUGUCUUUUGUCUUAUUUGGGUUAUUACUAUUGGAAGACAUCACUUUUGGUUGUUUCCUAAUCUCGCUGAAGACGUUGGCUUCUUUGCUUCCUUCUGGCCAUUGUAUCAGUAUGAUUAUUACGGACCAGGAUAUGAAAAUGAAAAGAAAAAUAAAAAAAAGAAACGCAGGAAAGACAAAGACUCAGAUUGUGAAGAUACUUGUUUAAUUCAAGGAGAUGAAGAUAAAUCUCAACUUCCCGAGGAAGAUAAAAAAGAACCAGAGGAAGAUAAACAAGUCGAGGCUACAAACGACGGGGAAAUUAGCGGUGAAGAGGGCUCCGAAAGUGAAAAAUCAAAUAUAGGUAAAGAUUUUGAGAUGAUUCAACAUCCAGAAUUAGAAGAUAAAUAGACGAUAUAAAUACACAAUAGUUUAAUUAAUACGACUGCGCAUAAUAGUAGCUGAGUUUUGGUAUCAAUGGUAAGCAAAAAAAUAAUGCGAUAAG